GUAGGCUGCUGCUUAACAGGCAACAAAAUAAUUUGGUUAGACACAUUACAUAAUUUGGAUGCGUAUAAAAUUGUCUGCUUGCUAAAUUAUAAUGGAUAUUCGCUUUGCGUCAGAGCCCUAUGCUGAUUCCGGUUCGGCUGAAACUGAUGAGGACCCGGAUCAGGCCACAAAUGAAGAAGAUUUAAAACGAAUUGAUGAAACCAUUCAAAAUAUAUCGAGAAAUUUGCGCAAAGGCGAUUGGACCUAUUUGGGCCGACAUCCGGAGAUACGCGCUAUAAUACGCGUUAUUGUAACGGAAGCUAUUAAACAGCGGCCAGAAAAUAUAUUUUCCUUUGCAGCAGAUUUGUUCAAUCCCAAAAAACAAAAAAUUUUGACAAAAAUGAUUAACAAGCAACUGAAAUGGGUCAACAGUCAGGUUCGCAGCGGCGCAUGGUCGCCCGCCGAUGGGGUCAUGUUGUUCCCAGACACAAGUAGCAGCUCUUUCGAUGGGAAGAAAUCCGAUUGUGAGGUACCUUUAAAGGAAGCCUUUGAUUGUGACUUGCAUCAAAUGGAAAAUCAGUGCCCCGAAAAUUUCAAGCCUAGUUGUUGAAUUUAUUGAAAAAUGUUGCAUAAAAAAU